UCGGGUGCAGCGCCACGAGUCGCGCUCUAGGCGCAGAGAUCAAUGUACCCGCCCCCUUGGUGCCUUGCCGUGGACGUACACGACGAGUCCGCCUCGUAAAUCCGCGAGCACGGGAUGUGUCCGGGGUGCAGGAAUCGCGAGGACAGGCCGGCCGGCCGGUAGAAUGUCCGGGCACUCUUGAGAGCGUCCGCGCGAAAAAUGGCCGUGGUGUAUCCUGGUUACAUAAGAAGAAAGUCGAUCGGAAGGUGAAGGGACCAAACUGGUGAUGCAGGCUACCACGGGGACGCGUGCGUCGUGUCGCUAAGGGUUACCCGGUCGGCUAGGCGACCAGUGGACUGAGUUCCGUGGAGGACAUCCGCGGGGGACCUGGGCUGGAGCGCCGGGAGCAAGCCCAGGAUCUAGUUUAUUGGUCAGAGGCAACUGGACCUCUUUGUGACCCAAGGAACGCUGGGGAACUGAGAAAACAACAGUUCCUCUCGCUUCAUCCCUGCUUAGCUGAAUCUUCCUUAAGAACCCUUCGACUCAAUUAGAAUCUCAUAGACACAAAGGUGUUUUCAUCUGAAUUCGUGCACACAGCUGAAACGUGUCUCGUAAAUGGUGACCCAGAUGCGGCUUCGGGGUAGGAGAGUUGAAAGUAGGGCUAGGAUCACUGGAAGACAAGCGGAGGAUGCCGGACAGUGAGCCGGGUUGCGAAACGCUAGAAGCCGACGAGGACGAUGGGCGAUAUCAUCAUCUUUGAGGAUUCUGGCUUUAGCUAGCCAUCCCUAGCUAGAAUGGUUAACCGGUACCGCGGAAGGGUUCCGCGGGGUACAGGAGACAAUUGGCUCCGAGGUCCUAGUGUUCAGGAGAAAAUGACGCUGCUGGGAACGAUACCGUAGGAGGAACCAUGCGAAUCCAUUGGAUAGGAUUCGGUGAAUCGAAUAUCGUUCACGUCGGUGCUGGUAGUGCCGGGAGAUUGACGGGACUGUUACAGGGCAAGGGCGGCGCGGCAGGGUUGGUCGACGACAAAAGGGUGACGAGGGCACAGGGGAGGGAGUUGUGCGCGAGGUAUUGACGGGACGUGAAGCGGAGGGCCCUUUCUUCGCGGAGUGUUCUCGACCCUGUCCCAAUUUCCAGCCUCGGAGGCUCUCGAGUAGGGGCGGCGGCGACGACGCACGAUGUGUUACGGGUUAACGAGGUUGUCGCUGUCCGCCAACCAGAGGGACGAACCACGAAGAAAUAUCGAAAACAGUUGCGUCGAUUCGGGGUGGGAAGGGGAUCGCUGGUAAAUGGUCGAGAUUCACAACCACCACCGGGGGGCUGUUUGGGGAAGGAGCAGCGGUGCGCGAUGAACGUUCAGGUGCACGUACUCUCGUAGCAUAGACAGAAUGUUCAAGAGCAGGAUCUUCCAGGGCGACCUCAGCCCUAUCUCGAUCUCAGGCAGCCUGCAACAGUCCAGCCAGCAGAGUCAGCAGGGUGAACAAGAACUAGCGUCGAAAAUGCUGCACAUUCAAAGCAAAAGAUUCUAUAUUGAUGUAAAGCAGAACAGACGUGGGAGGUUUAUCAAAGUAGCCGAGAUUGCUGUAGAUGGAAGGAGAAGCCAAAUUUACCUGGCGCUCAGUACAGCGUCCGAAUUUCGGAACUAUCUUUCGACGUUUAGUGACUUUUAUGCAUCCUUAGGCCCACAGAACACGGAGAACGUACCGGAUGACGGAAAAUUGAAAUCGGAAGUGAUGACGAAGGACAACAGGCGGUAUUACCUGGACCUUAAGGAAAAUUCUCGUGGCCGUUUCUUGCGGGUGUCGCAGACGAUCACACGGGGUGGACAAAGAACGCAGAUUGCGAUACCAGCGCAAGGUAUGAUCGAAUUCCGUGACUCGUUGACGGAUCUCCUAGAGGAGUAUGGUACGGAUGAUGGUGGCUUCAAGAUUGACUUGCCAGAUGGACGAUACAUGCGCGUGGAUAGCAAGAAUUUCUAUUUUGAUAUCGGCCAGAAUAACCGUGGUAUCUACAUGAGAAUUUCCGAGGUGAAGACACACUUUAGAACAGCAAUCACCGUGCCAGAAAAAUCCUGGGCGAAUUUUCGUGAUAUAUUUGCAGAUUACUGUGAAAGAAUGAGGGAACGAGGUGUCGGUAACAACGUCGGUAUGAACAGCGGUGGCGGUGGGAACGCUUUGCCCGAGGGGAGGGGCUCGGUGGUGGCACAGGUAACGCAGAAGCCGCUUGGUGGCAUAAAGAACAAAACGGAAAAGCGGCAGGCCGACCAGCGGCAGCGCGAAUCAUUGAAAAGACGCAAAUCCUUGCCGCGCCAGUCCGAAUCACCCACCAUUAGCCCUGAAAAAUCCUUGUCCACUCCUGCUUCCCAGGUCCCGAUGUCCAACGAUGUACCGAUGACAUCUGGUCCUGCCAUACCAACGUCGGUCGCCAGCAAAAUCACAGUGACUGGAGACAAUAUUACUAACGGUUCGCCACCGUCGCAGGAGAUUCAAACGGUGCCGCGUUUAGAAACGGUUCAAGUUUAAAAAAUCGCGCGCAAGCUCGUCUUCUGACACGCCAUCUGCACGCGCAUCUGAUUGCAACGAACACUCGAGAAGAGUUCGUCGUUCGAAUAGUUCGUUUAUGUUCCGCAGUUUGAAUAGCGAAUGUUUCGUGUGUAGUUUAGUUUCCACGUUGUCACGAACAAAUUUGAGUCGCGUACAAGUGUAGUUAAUUAUUGAUUAAUCCAAGUGUUUAUGUUCUGAACACGACGCAGGUCCGAGUCACCGCGGUGAAUGGUGCGCGUGCGCAAUGAUGAAUAUUCCGAUAUUUCAAUUGUAGUUUAUUGAUAAAGAAAUUCGCAUUUUACUUCUGCUUUAUUGUAAGUACAACGCUUCCUUGUAGAAAGUUAUAUUCGGACUUGUAUCGAAGAGAAAUCUGAUAUUAAAAAUUCAUCUAGCAUCGAUUUGAAAAUUUCCGCGGUGUCCCGGGUGAUUCGAAUUUCAAACGCCAUCUUGAUAGCACCAAUAAUCAUUUGAUUCGAAUGUUUUUCAAUGUAAACUGUUUGGAUAUAAUUUUAGUAAAUGAGAUGCGUAAUAUGUAUUAAAUAACUUACACAACUAAAGUUUCGAAUAUCGAGCAACUUGAAGUAUUUUUGAAAAUUAAGCGAAGUUAAAUCGAAGAAUUUUAAAAUUAGGAUGUAACUAAGUAAAUUUUACUGAAGAGAAGACGGAAAAAUGGAAUGAUUAGACACGAGUUUCUGUUCCUUAUUUUCUCGUUUGUUGUAGCAAAGAUGGAUAGGUAUUGUUAGAUUAAUGUUGCUUGUUUUUGUAUGAAACAUAUAGAUAAGUUUUGUGAUAAACAUAUCUGGUUAAUGGUUGGAUACGACCCAUGUUUCGCGUAGCAUUGAGUUAGAAACAGUUAGGUAGGAAAACAUGGUAUAAGAACACCUACUGUACGCGAUUAAUAACUUAAUUUACUUAUUACAUUCUGUUCAGAAAUAUUAAAUUUAUAUUAUGCAACC